CCAGGCAAGAGACAGCGAUGAUAGAGGGUUGGAAGUUGCCCCAGGGGAAGAGAGUGCCAGCUUCGGCCAGUCGCAGAAGGAAACAAAGACCUCAACAGCAAUCUGAUCAAAUACAGAUAAGAACUACGAACCAAUGAAAGCAAGAGACAUAGAGAUAAAGCACGUUUGCUCUUAAAGACGGUACUGCUCACGGCACUGUACGGAUUUUAUGCUGUAAUGGGGAACAAAUAAUUAUUUUUCCACAAAAGUUCACAUCGAAUGAUCGCACUGUUGUGGAUUACGCCUAUUGUCCAUGUAGCAGCGUCGGACACGCCGUUUGGAUCCGUUUCGUUUUUGAAAGCACGAUCGAAAAGACUGGGAGACAACUUAUGAACAGACGCGGAGGGAACACAAUUAAACGAACGCAUAUAUAAAAAAUCAAGACUAACCUGAGCAAAAGAGGGAACGGAUACAAUCCUCUGGAGCGAUACCCGCCUCCCCCCCAUCGGCAAAUUUUACCGGCACCAUUCCUGCCCCCACCCUGAUCGAGGGGAUGGAUUUCUUGAGUCUGGCUGCUGCAGCGUGUCCCGACCAGCUCACUUGCUAGGAAAACUUGUCUGACAGGUCACCUGUUUACAGCUGCUUGACGGAAGAUCAGUGCCCGUAAAACAAGGGAAAAUAUGGACGGUCCUUUGUGACACCUGACAUCUCUCUGCCCCCUGACCGGUGUGGCUGGGAGGGGCCAAAACAAUGUCUGUCCCCGAGCCCCCUAUCCAGUCUCAGGACUCUGUCUGUCAGAUACCGGACCGCAAGCCGCGGCCCAUAAUCCUGAAAAAGCCCGACCCCGAGAGCGUGCCACCAACCCAGACGCCUCAAAAGAUCUCCAAGGUAGCGACCUCUGGGAACGUCAAGAACAUAGUGAGCAAGUUCAACCGGCAGCACACCUUAGAAAAUGAGCACCCCACACAGGGUGGGAUGGGCCCUCCGCGUAAACCCAAGAGGGUCUCAACUGUCAGGCCUAAGCCCAGAGAGCGGGGCCGGUCUGCGCGUGCGAGCCAGACCCCCCCACUGCCCGCCAGGAGGAGUCGCUUCUUCCAGAAGAGCUCCUCAGAGGCUCAGGUGGAAACUGAAGUGACAGAGACCCCCGCCGAACAGGACAAAGGCCGGCCAGCCCCAGAAGGCAAAGAGGUGGAGACUCCAGUGGCUGGUACAGUGCCGGAGGACGUGGAGCCUAGUCUGGAGAUGCCCAGUAGUCCAGCUUGUAGUAAGGACUGCAGCUGCAUUUGCCACCUAAAACGCCCCGGCAUGAGGCUGGUAUGGAUACUGGAGGGGGAAGAUGAGGAGGAGGAAGAUGAGGAGGAGGAUGAAGAGGAGGAGGAUGAAGAGGACAAUGAAGGGGAGGAAGUUGAGGAGGUGGAAAGUGAGUAUGAGGAGAUCAUUCUUGAAAUGGGAGUGUCUGACGGAAAGCAGGAGGAUGGAGAAGAGGGAGCAGCAUCCGAAGCAGAGGAGAAGAUGAGUUGGUCACAGAUUCUAGAGAAAGCAAGCAAGCAGAAGUUCAGUCAUACCUUGGACUAUGUGAUUAAGAGAAAGAGCAUUUCAGGUGCCUCUGAACCAGGGGUCCAGGAGCCUUUAUGUGUUAGUAUCCCGAGCCUUACUGUGCCUGAGGAAGACAACAUAUACGAGGAUGUUCUGGAGCCUAUCCAUGUGCAACCAAAAGUAAACCAUCCAGGAGCCCAUUGUCCAGACCCCAAGUUCCACCCAGAACCUCUGGAGGCAGGGAAAGACCCCGUGCCAGCCAUUCCUCCCCGUGUGCCCCUCGUCCAUGACAAGGCCAGUAAGCCCCGCCCUGUGCCUGGUGGCAUCUUACUGCCACAGCUGUUCCCAGACGAUCGUCGGAAUUUGCGUCCAGUAUCUCCCAUGGACCGGAGCCAGAGUGGUAGCCAGGCCCUCCGGCCACAAGCACAGACCAGCCCCCUCCUGCCCCCCCGAAGGUUUAAGGAACCAGCACCUCGAUCCAGCCCAGAUGGCAGCAGCUUUAGCUCUCAGUCUGCCCAGUCCGUCACGCAGCUUGACAAUAAAGAGGAGAGACCAGAGGAAGAAGAAGUGGACGGUAAACAGGAAUGGUCAAAGUUGGCUCUCUCUCGCAAGAUGUCUGAAGACUGGAAUUCGCAGCUACAGGACGAACCCCUGUAUCAAACAUACCGCGCCACUGUCAUCACCAAGGAGAUCCGUCGGCAGACCGUUUGCCGCAACAUCAGUAAGACGACCGCGGAUUACGUCAUGGAAUGGGGAGUCCACAGCAAUGACUGCGUGGCUGCCAAAGGAGGUACUGGCCAGAAUACCUUGUGGCAAAAUCUGCCAGGUGUGAAGUCGAGUGGCAUCCUGAACACGCUCACCAAGGCAGAAUGCAAGCAUCAGGAGAGCAUGUUUGAGGUGCUGACGUCAGAAGUCUCGUAUCUGCGGUCCCUGCAAGUGCUGACCGACCACUUCCUGGAGUCGCGUGACCUGGACGAGACGCUCAUCAUCCACGACAAGAAAACCCUCUUCUCCAAUAUCCUGCGUGUGCGGGAGGUCAGCGAAAGGUUUCUGAAGGACCUGGAAGAUCGGAUGAAUGAGUCUCUGGUGAUCUCGGACAUCUGUGACAUCAUCCACUAUCACGCUCAGCACAACUUCCCUGCCUACAUUGACUACGUCCGAAACCAGAUCUAUCAAGAGAAAACCUACAGCACCCUUAUGCAGACAAAUGCGCAGUUUGCAGCUAUAGUCCAUCGGCUGCAGGAGCUGCCCCAGUGCCAGCGGCUGCCACUUAUGUCCUUCCUGCUACUGCCCUUCCAGCGGAUCACCAGACUAAAGAUGCUCAUUGAGAAUAUUGUGAAGAGGACCAAAGAGGGAACAAAAGAGGAAUUAUCAGCUUCCAAAGCUCUCAACUCAGUAUCUAAGAUCAUAGAAGCUUGUAAUACUGAGGUGGGGAAAAUGAAGCAGGUGGAGGAGCUCAUCCAUGUUUCUAAAAUGUUGGAGUUUGAAAAAAUCAAGGCUAUACCCAUCAUCUCACAAAAUCGAUUCCUGGAAAAGAGUGGAGAGCUUCAGGAGAUGGCCAAGGGAAACACCCUGUUCAGUCUCCGGCCCAAAUUCACCCCCAUCUCCCUCUUUCUCUUCAAUGAUCUCCUCAUCAUUGCCAAUAAAAAGAGCUCAGAACGUCAUGUUGUGAUGGACCAUGCCCACCGAUCACUGGUCCAGGUGCAGCCCGUAACUGAGUCCUCUGCUGGCCUCAUCUUGGAGAACUGCUUUUUGCUGACCCUCCUGGAGAACCACCAGGGUCGCAUGUAUGAGCGUCUGUUUAAAGCGCCCUCGCAGUCUGACAUGCACAGGUGGCUUGCUGCCUUCCCUGACCCCGAGAACAUGGAGCGAGAAACAAAUGAGGUGGUCUACAAGGACUGGGACUGUCCACAAGUACACUGCAUAGAACAGCAUGUUGCCCAGCAAUCAGAUGAACUCAACUUAGAGCCUACUGACAUCAUUAAUGUUCUUCGCAAAACCAAUGAAGGCUGGUAUCAGGGCAUCAGACUGUCAGAUGGACAGAAGGGUUGGUUCCCCGCAAGUUGUGUGCAGGAGAUCACCAACGAACACGUCCGGAGACGAAACCUCCGUGAGCGGUUUCGCCUUAUCCAAGCUGCAGAUGUUAUGACAAGAGCACGGACUGGGCCUUAGCGACACCGUACUUCAACAGUGGGUGAACCGGAAUGGAUCAGUCCCGAUUUGGAUUCUAUGAAAGGAACUGUAUCAUCUUAAACUUCUGUAGUACUAAAGUAUAGUAUUUGAAAAAAAGUAUAGGAAAAAAAAAAAAAAAAAAAAACACAGACAACCAUCAAUGCCACCCCAA